CAUGAAUCGGAUUUGAAAAGGCAAUAAAAAGAUACAGUAAUUAAUGUUUAAUUGGUAAGCAUCUAAACAAAACUUGACAAAUUAGUAAUUCAUCAAAAUUAAUUAUCUUUAUGUAUUCAACGUAGAACAAUGCAGGUAACGCUCCCCAGUACAUGUGUAUAUAUAAAGAAGAGAACCUCAGCUCUGUCAUCAUCACUUACAAUCUAAAUCACGUUGUAAACUAAACAAAAAAAUAAAGAAAAUGAAGCUCCUCUUCUUACUCGCCCUCACAGUCGUUGCAUCUUGUUAUGCGAGAGAAGUGCCGGAUAAGUUCCCUCCAGGUGUGACUCCUGACACUCCUCCAUUUAGUUAUGUUACUCCUCCGCCACCACCACCGUCCAAUGAAGAAACUAAGUUCCCUCCAGGUGUGACUCCAGACACUCCUCCAUUUAGUUAUGUUACUCCGCCACCACCACCAUCCAAGGAAAAAACUAAAUUCCCUCCGGGCGUGACUCCAGACACUCCUCCAUUUAGUUAUGUUACUCCGCCGCCACCACCGUCCAAGGAAGAAACUAAGUUCCCUCCAGGUGUGACUCCUGACACUCCCCCAUUUAGUUAUGUUACUCCACCGCCACCACCAACAAUGAGAGAACACUGAUUUGUAAAAUAUACA